AUGGGUGGAAGUACUACGCUCUCUCUGUCAUAUGCAAUGGUUGCAGAUUAUACCGUGCAUUCGAAACGUGGGAGAUUCCUUAGUCCUAUGAUGACGGCAACCAACAUAGGACCUUCCAUUGGCCCUGUCAUUGGCGGAGGAGUAAUUUUGGCAACCGGAGAACCACGCUGGGCAUUCUGGACACUAGUUAUCUUUGGUUCUUCGGCGCUUCUGCUCAUUGCUUUCACCAUGAGAGAGACCAACAGAUCAAUUGUCGGAAACGGUUCGACAUCCCCUUGGGGAUUUUGGCGUAGUUACUGGGAUAUUUUUAUCGCCUGGAACAAAGGUAGAUGCGACAGGAAAUCGAUACGAGGUCAAAAUCAUCCUGAAAAUUCUCUCAAUUUGGAUGAAGACAGAACUCUGAGCUGCACUGAUGUGUCGAGCACUACCAUUACUGGAAGGGGGGUCUUCAAAAUUCCAAAUCCAUUCAUGUCACUCAAACUCCUUUUCUAUAAGGAUGCGUUCACGGUACUUUAUCUGGCCGCAUCACCGUACGCCAGUUGGUAUUCAAUUUCCGCUUCAAUUCCUCUGAUAUACGGUACUGAAUAUGGGGUUAAUGGAUUACUUGUAGGAUGCUGCUAUCUUGCAGGUGGUGGUGAAAUACUGGCAGGUGGACUGAUAGCCGGAAAAUUGAUGGACUGGAAUUACAAGUAUACAGCAAGAAAUGUGGGCCUAUCCAUCAAUCGGACCUCUGGAGAUGAAAUUUCACAGUUUCCAAUCGAAAUGGCUCGGUCUCGAGGGUCUUAUACCAUUCUCACGGUCUCAACCUUUGUAUUUGUGGGCUAUGGAUGGGUUGUUCAAUAUCGCAUCCACGUGGCAGUUCCCUUGUUGAUGCAAUUUUACCUAGGCACCAAAUGCACUAUACUGCAUCAGAUCUACAGUGCACUUUUGGUGGAUAUAUUUCCGGGCAGAUCUGGCACUACUGGGGCGUCGAAUAAUAUUUGUCGUUGUGCGGCUUCGGCUGUUGUGGUUGCUAUUUUACAACCAUUGGUUGAGAGGAUAGAUCGAUCUUUGAUUUUCACUUUCUCAUAG